AUGAGCUUGAGUGCUGCUGAGGAUGAUUCAGAAUCGGAAAUCCAUCUUCCGGCGGAUAUUGAUUGGGAGAUGCUUGAUAAGUCCAAGUUUUUCUUCCUUGGGGCGGCGCUAUUUUCCGGUGUUUCAGGCACACUUUACCCUAUUGUGGUGUUGAAAACACGGCAGCAAGUGAUGUUAAAUGGGGUUUCUUGCCUAAAAAUGGCAAGCUCAAUUUUCAGGAGUGAAGGAUUUAGAGGAUUCUACAGGGGUUUUGGGACUUCUCUUAUGGGAACAAUCCCAGCUCGUGCUCUGUACAUGGGAGCACUCGAAGUAACCAAGAGUAAUGUAGGCAAUCUUACUACGGGUCACCUAGGAUUGUCCGAAGCCUCAGCAUCGGCUGUUGCUAAUGCUGCUGCAGGGCUAAGUGCAGCCAUGGCUGCGCAAUUGGUUUGGACACCGAUUGAUGUUGUGAGCCAGAGACUGAUGGUCCAAGGAGGUGGUUGUAAUUCAACGGCAAGUGCUGUUGGCUUACAAAAAUACAAUGGUGGGAUUGAUGCUUUUAGAAAGAUCAUAUACGCCGAUGGAGUGAGAGGAUUGUAUAGGGGAUUUGGAAUAUCAAUAUUGACUUAUGCGCCAUCUAAUGCUGUGUGGUGGGCAUCAUACUCUGUCGCGCAUAGAGUUAUUUGGGGCUGUGUUGGCUGUUAUUGCUGUAAAAAGGACGCAAAUGGCAAUGGUGGUUAUAGGCCAGACGGAAGGGCGAUGGUGGUGGUUCAGGGACUUAGUGCUUCAAUGGCUAGUGGUGUAUCGGCUUUGGUAACAAUGCCACUCGAUACAAUUAAGACGAGGUUGCAGGUUUUGGACGGGGAAGAUAUUGCACGUGCUAAGCCACCAACGAUUUUACAAAUUGGAAGGAACUUGUUUAAGGAAGGUGGAUUGGGUGCCUGUUACAGAGGAUUAGGUCCUAGAUGGGCUUCAAUGGCAAUGUCUGCAACGACGAUGAUCACUACUUAUGAGUUUCUCAAACGAUUAUCGACUAAGAAUCAAGAAACUUUUGCUUCAUGA